AUGGAAACCAGGAACAGUCCUCCCGAGUCGGUUGAUACACCAGCCGAGGUCUCGGACGAUGCGCCAAAGUUGACCUUCAAACAUGAUCUUCGUUUUUGGUUGGUCUUCGUUGCGCUGUGUGUGACUUCCUUGCUCGCUGCUCUCGAAGGAACUGUCACGUCCACUGCUCUUCCUACCAUUGUCGCUGAUCUUCACAUCGGCGACAAUUACCCAUGGGUGUCCAACGCCUACUUUUUGACUACGGCAUGCUUUCAACCGCUUUACGGACAACUCUCCAAUGUCCUGGGUCGCCGGUAUCCCAUGAUUUUCUCCGUCGUCGUCUUCAUCCUCGGCAGUGGGAUUUGCGGAGGUGCCUCGAGCGCGGCCAUGCUCAUUGCUGGUCGUGCGGUUCAAGGCAUUGGAGGAGGCGGAAUCAAUAUGCUCAUCGAUCUCAUUAUCUGUGACCUGGUCCCCUUGACUCAGCGAGGCGCAUACAUUGGGCUGCUGUUUGUCGUCUUCGCCAUCGGCACAUCACUGGGCCCAUUCAUUGGCGGUGCCAUUGUCAACAACACCAGCUGGCGAUGGGUCUUCUACCUCAAUCUUCCGAUCGGAGGAGUGGGUCUGGUUCUACUGAUCCUCUUCCUGCAAGUGAACUAUAACCGUGAGAUGUCCAUUGGGGAGAAGCUGAAGCGCUUGGAUUACCUCGGAAACAUGCUGCUGAUUGGCGCAAUUGUCUCUAUUCUGAUUGCGCUCAGUUGGGGCGGCACUCGUUAUCCCUGGUCCUCAGGCCACGUCCUCGCACCUCUAAUUAUCGGUCUCCUUGGAAUUCCAGCAUUAGUUCUCUUCCAAGCAACUCCGCUUGUCAAAGAGCCGACCACCCCGUUGCGACUGUUCAGCAACCGCACUUCCGUCAUAGCGUUCUUCAACACCUUCAUGCACGGCCUCCUCAGCUUCUGGAUCUUAUACAUGCUUCCGGUCUACUUCCAGGCCGUCCUGCAAUCCUCGCCCGAGCGCGCCGGUGUACAGCUUCUCCCAACCGUGAUCUCCAUGAUCCCUGUCGCCGGAGUAUCGGGCGCAAUUCUCUCCAAGACAAGCAACUACAAAGCGCUCCACAUCGUCGGCUUUGCCCUCCUCACAAUCGGCCUCGGCACUUUCACAGUGCUAGGCCCCCACUCCUCCACAGCAGCCUGGACGCUGACGCAGAUGGUCGCUGCGUUCGGCGCCGGAACGAUUAUGCCCGUCCUUCUGCCCGCGGUCCAGGCCGGGCUCGAGGAGAAAGACACGGCGACUUCCACGGCACUAUGGGCCUUUGUGCGCAGCUUCGGCAUUAUCUGGGGUCUGUCUGUGCCCGCAGCCAUCUUCAACAAUCAAUUCGACAAGUUUGCCUCGUCGAUCAGCGACAGCUCGGUACGUGACAUGCUUACCGGGGGUAAUGCAUACUCUUACGCCUCGAGUGCGACCAUCAAUGCGCUCCCAAGCCAGGUGCGAGCCGAGACCAUCGACGUGUAUUCCCGCAGUCUGCGGGUGGUGUGGCAGGUCUCCAUCGGUUUUUCGGGGUUGUCAUUUCUUCUCUGCUUCUUGGAGAAGAACAUCAAGUUGCGCUCGCAUUUGGAGACGGAUUACGGGCUGAAAGAGAAGGAAGCAAAGAAGGGUUCGGAUGGAACUUUGCCGCCUGCCUGA